AUGAAUUCCUCCUUAUUGUAUUCAAGGUCAAUAUCUGGAUAUGAAGUGUUAUCUUGGGCAGUUGAUGAUGAGUCUACUUCAACCUCAACCUCAAACUCGAACGACUUCUUUACAAUCCAUAUAUGUUAUAAUGAUAGCCGCAGCCCUAACGGAGAAAAAAUUGUUACGCAUGUGUUAGAUAGAAAUACUGAUUUCGAAGAUGAGCUUACAGAAUUGGAAGUUAAGGAGUGGCUUGGAGAACUUUACGAGGAUGAAUAUGCUGAUGAGUGUGUUUAUGAAGCGAUAGAACAAAGUUGUGAGGAACUUCUUCAAGAUGUUGUAGCUAAAACACGUACUUCUCUUGCAUUGACUGUUAGAAUAGUCAAGGUGGCCGAGGCUAUGGAUAUGGAUAUUGAGGAAGUUGGUAAUAACAAUAAUAAUUUCGAGGAAGAUAUGAACAAGGAUUAUAAUAUAGAUGAAGAACUUAGGAUGGAAGUGAAGAGUUUCCUACGGACAAAGGGGAUCUUUAGGCCUAUGAUUAAUGAAAAAGAAUUGAGGGGUUGCUCGAUUUGCUUGGAGGAGUUUGAUAAGUCUAAUGAUGAUUGUGAACAAGAAGGCGCGUUUCUUCCUUGCUCUCAUGUUUUUCAUGGAGAGUGUUUGGUGUUUUGGAUUCUUGAGGGGAAGAAUACUUGUCCAUUGUGCCGAUAUAAGUUUAUGCCUUGUUAUUUGAUCUUUGAUGAAAAUUAA